GGCGGGCGCGGCGGCUGACUGACAGCUCGCGCGAGGACCCGACUCUCCGGCCAGCGCCGCAGCUGCACCGCCGAGCCCACCAGCGCCCGCUCGCUCUGUCUAUCCCUGACCCGCCGGCGCGCCGCGAUGCCUUAGGGCCACGUCAGCUGCCCCAGAGGACUCAUUCCUGGUGGCCAGAAGUUGCCAAGCAACUCACAUGUGUUUGGCAGGCUCCCUUGGAGUCUUCAGCUCCCAGUGACACUCCUGGAAAUCCAGUCCUCCGACCUACCCAGCUGGCAUCCUCCUCGGCAGCCCACCGAGCCAUGGAGGCCCCGGAGGUCCCCGUGGGCUCACUGAUUGACUUCGAGACAGAGCCAUCUGCCUCCUCACCCGUGGAGGCACUGCCACCAAAGCUGCAGGAUGGGGACAGCGGGUCGGAGAGUGAGACCACGGAGUCAGCAGACAGCGAGAACGACAUGGGCGAGUCGCCCUCUCACCCAUCCUGGGACCAGUACCGCCGCUCCUCCUCCAACGAGUCCUUCUCUUCCAACCAGAGCACGGAGUCGGCCAAGGACGAGGAGGCCCUGGAGCUCAGGGAGUUCAUGCGUGGCUACGUGGAAAAGAUCUUCUCCGGAGGGGAGGACUUGGACCAGGAGGAGAAAGCUAAGUUUGGGGAGUACUGCAGCAGUGAAAGUGGAAAAGGCCGGGAGUGGUUUGCUCGAUAUGUGAGCGCCCAGCGCUGCAAUUCCAAGUGUGUCUCAGAGCCGACCUUCUACCGCCUCGUGCAGUCGUUUGCGGUGGUCCUGUUCGAGUGUCAUCAGAUGGAUGACUUCGGGCCUGCCAAGAACCUCAUGACCAUGUGCUUCACUUACUACCACAUCGGCAAACCACACCUGCUUCCCAAGGAGAAGCCUGCAGGGAGCAUCGACUCCUACUUGAAGUCCGCCAACAGCUGGUUAGCGGAGAAGAAGGACAUCGCCGAGCGGCUGCUGAAGAACACGGAGAACGUCAAGGGCUUCUUCGGGGGGCUGGGGCCCCUGGUCAGGAAAAACGAGGAGGAGGAGAGCAAGCCCAAGGACAAGCCGCAGAAGACUGUGACCGUGUGCAGCCCGGAGGAGGAGAGAAAGGGGGAGAAAAUCUACUUGUACACGCACCUGAAGCAGCAGCCCAUCUGGCACACGCUGAGGUUCUGGAAUGCGGCCUUUUUCGAUGCUGUCCACUGUGAGAGGAGAAAGCGGUCCCCCACGACCAGAGGGGAUGCUGGAGAGGAGGAGAAGAAGAGGGAGAAGUGGUGCCACAUGACGCAGGAGGAGCGCGACGACAGCCUGCGGUUCAACGAGAACAUCACCUUCGGGCAGCUGGGCACAUUCACUCACAACAUGCUGGCCUUCGGGCUGAACAGGAAGCUGUGCAAUGACUUUCUGAAGAAGCAGGCUGUGAUCGGCAACCUGGAUGAAGAGCAAUACAAGCUGCUGAGCGACCACAUCGAGCAGAUGGCCGCCGAGUAGGCCACAGGGUCGCCCAGGCACUCCUCAGGACCGGGGCACCGCUCUCCUGGGCCAGCGACUGGCUGUCACCCACCUGAUGACCCUGCAUGACAUCGGCAGCACCCAGCGCCACCCCACGCUGCCCCAGAACUAGCGGUUAGAAGACCCCGGCUGCCCGCCUCCCCACCCCCUCUGCCUAUGUCUACUCCCCUGUUCACGUGCCAAAGUGACCCUGGAUUGUGUGACUAGAAUGAGGUGACGUCCACCCUCCCCAGUGCCAGGCCUGCGACGUGGAAUUGAAGGAAGAGGAAGGAGGCCAGGACCAGGGUGGACACAGGGCAGUGUCCGCCCACAGCCCCUGCAGGAGAGGGGGGCGUGGGAAUGUACAGAGGGCAGCCCCGAGCCGGCCAUGACUGACACGGCAGCUGGGAGAUGGUCCGGGCUCUGCUUCAGGCCUGGGCAGGGCAGAAUCCUAGUCUGCUCCUGCUGAGCGGCAGCGUGUGGCGGGCGGGGCCCUCUCAGUGUAGGUCCACGCGGUUGCUGGCUUUUCCCGCUCCUCCCGCCGAGUCACAGGAACCUCCAGGAGGUUCUGAUUUAGGGAGGGGGAGAGGCCAGCACAGAGGGCCUGGCCACAGCCAGUGUGGAGCACCUGGAGAGGUCCCCGCAGCCGUCACCCCAGCGAGGAGUCUGCGUCGCUGUCGGAACUGUUCCUGGUCAGCUGGCAGCUUCCUCCUCUUGCUCGCUGGGAGUGGCCUCGGCCGUCUGUCCCAGGAAACAGCACAGGAAAGAGAUUUCUUCAGUAGCUGCAAGACAACCGCCCUUUCUAAAAGUGCUGCUCUUUAUUUCAAAAAAGGGAAAAGGCGUUUCACAGCCGGGCACAGGCGGCUCCUGGUGGCGGUUGUGUGAGGCCCGCUAGCAGAGAGCUUCAGGGGGUUGGGCCCUCCACCCCUGGCAGCCUUGGGGAGGCGCCUUUCCCUGCUGCAGCCCAGGCCCCAUUGAGCUCUUUCCUGCAGACCCUGCAGAUGACCCCUCCCCCAUCCGGUGCCUGGGAAGCGGGACUCCUCCCUGAGUGUGUACCAGGCACAGCACACCAGCCAAGCGCACUAAAGCCCAGCCUGCAAGCGUCCGGCAUGCUGGCUCCUCCGGUGGGAAUUCUCAGCCUCAUUCCCUGUGCCGCCGCCCAUCACUCAUGGGCACUGACCUUCAAAUGGGCUCCUGGGGCUCUCUGUCCUCCGUCCUGUUUUCCCUACUACCUCCUCCAGCUCGAAACCACAGCACAUUACUGUCUGCUCUCGAGCACAGCGGAUCAUGCCUGGUAGUCACCUAUCCAGCCAGUGCUCGAAUGGGUUCCUGAUGGAAUGCCUCCCUGGAAGAUUCCAGAGAAAAGCCGGUGUUGGUGGAGCCAUUGAACGCACGUCUGGAUAAUCAUGAGAGGCCCCAUGAAACGUGUGGUCUGAGUGUGGUGUAAAUGUCGUCAGCCGAAAGAGCUCACUCGCGCGUGUGUGUGUGUGUGUGUGUGUGUGUGUGUGUGUGUGUGUGUGGCGUCAGCUUCUCUGGGGGUGUCACUAAGGAAGCACAGCUGUGCUGCUGGUUUGACUGCCAUGUGUUGGGAGGUUGUGCAGGCUGGCGUGGCCCGCCCCCAGCCCCACUGCUGGGCCCCAGUGAUGGCACGUGUCUCUACGAGUGCAUUUCGGAGGAAUGACCAUGGAUGGGUGUAUGGGCCCCCCUCCUCCAAGGCCUCCCUCAGGUAACGCAUCCCCCUCAACCAUUCAGCCCGGAGCCCUGGAUGUGCUGCUGUGCCCCCUCCCCACGCUCUGUAAGACCAGGGCCUCCCUGUAGUCGUCCUAGCCCUGCAGGGCUGUGGGAGGCCCCCUCAGCUUGCUGGCUUGGCUGUAGCAGCCGUUUCUUAGCAGUUAGCUGAGAUGCAUUAAGACUUCAAGACACCCUGAGGACUCAUCCCUGUGCUCGGAGGUGUUUGUGAGGAAGCUUUGGUUUUGCGCUGAUUUCUGGAGGAAGAGGGUGCAUUCGGAGACUUUCCCAGGGAGAUGCCGGGUGGGGCGGGAGCACACGGCCUUCGGAAGGAAUUGCAGCUUUGGCCUCUGUGGGCUUUUCCACGCACUUUAAUUCCCAGAUGAUCUGGAGAUACUUUUAAUAGGCCCCUGGAGAUGGCAGCUGAAGGUGGAAGGAAGGGUAGCUUUGUGUUCCCCUCUCACUCCUGUUCUCAUAGAUCCCGCUCCUCGCAGGGGGGUAAGUCUGGCCCCAGAGGUGCUGCCUGUCACGUUCAGCCCCACAAGGGAGCGCUGGCUAAGACCGGGGGCCCGCCUUGGCGUGGCCCGACGAGGGGAUGGGAGGCUGCUCUGUCUCCCGUUGGCAGCUGCCUUUGGCCGAGCGUUUUGCCCUGGACUGCCUCCUGCAGGAGCGGCUCCUUAGAAGGAGGCUGGCAGCUUGCCUCACUGGUGUUUCCUCUCCUCCCUGUGACAUCAUCCCUUCUCUCCAGGGCCUGGCAGAGCAGAGGAGAGGGGCCCUGGGAGGAGCAGACACAGGACGCACUCUCAGAGGCCCAGCAGAGGAGCUGGCUCACCCAGUGCACACAGGACGCUUUGGUCGUAGAGCUCUGAGCCCUUCCUGUAAACUCGGGAGCCUUCGCCUCGGAGCAGGAAGCUUCAGAUGGAGUCCAAGGAGAGAGGUUCCGGCCUCAGCAGGAGCAGUUUCCCAGGCGGGGGCUCCGCAGGCCUGCCAUUCGCAGUGCAGCCCAGCUCUUCUGCUGGCUGCCCUCGGGGCUGAGUCAGUGUUCCCUCCUUGGAAAACUGGGAGGCUGAAAUGCAGCCUUCUGUGUUUUUAAGCUUUGUUAUAAUUUUUGCAAUACUGGUGGGUGUUUAAGAGGGGCCACGUUAGUAUUCAGACUGCAACUGUGGUGGUGUGUGUGUGUGUGUGUGUGUGUGUGUGUGUGUGUGUGUAAAACCAAAGGGAGGAGAGCCACAUUCUGAUAUUGAAGUACUUUGUGCAGUGAGAUGAGUAGACUGACCUAUUGCCAAAGGGAAGACAAGUGGGCCGAGGGGCUCUGACAUUACAAAAGGGCUGGGAAAGGCGUCACUUCCUAGUUCUGCACCCAAAUGAGGGCCUGGGUGUUUGGGUUAACCCCGCGGGCCCCGGGGAUGUUGGGCAGAGGCCAGGGUGGGAGUCAGAGGCACCACCUGUGGGUCCUGCGCUCGCCUCUCCAUGCCCAGGGAGACCACGGGUUCAUGUGGCUACAGGGCAGCAGCCGGAGGUUCGCUCUUUCCUGGACUGUUUUAUGUGGUUAAUGUACCACCAGCCUCCUGAUGUGAGAAGCACAGCAUUCAGUCCACAGAGGAGUCGGCCAUGGGCUUUGUCUGGCCUGGGUGUUCGUGACCUGAGGUUAGGGCCACAAGCUGAAAGCCUGGCCCUCCUGGGCAUUACUGGGCCCUAACCUUUGGCUUUUUAAUUCGGGAGUAGCCAGGUAGACCCAUGGUUAGGCCAGCUUGAUUGCCAAAUUACCCAAAACUUAAAACAGCUAUGCAGCAGGGGGCUGAGUCCUUAGCCCAGAACUGGGGGGGCUUGGGAAUCAGGGAAAGGGCAGGAGGGCUGGAGGCCCAGCCCCAAACUCAGGAGACGGGUGCAGCAAGUCCCGCCCAGCAGGUCCAAAGGUUUCAUUAAACCAACGGUCGGGUCGCCAACCUUUCGGACCUCAUGGACCACCGAUUGGCGACCGCUGGUCUCGGGCUAAUCUCUCACCUUCCUCAACCGUAGUGAAACUGCUCCAAGGCCUAUUCUCGCCUCCUCCCUCACCUUCCCCGCCUUUGGUUCUCCGGAACCAUUGCUCUCACAGCUUGGCCGUCUCACCUUGCUUUUCUGUAAACCAUUGAUUCCUUUUCAUGAUUCUCAGAGAUGUUUUCCCGGUGAAGGGAAGCUGUCUGGCUAGAAGUACCUCUAAUGGACUGGUGUGCGGAGUUGAGCCCCAGCAGGACAGGAUUCCUCAGCCACACGGGCCAUGCGUCCGACACGUCCUUACCCCCAUGUGGCCGGGAGAAGAGCGCGUUGGUUCUCCAGGAACAGAUGGAGGAAUCAUUUCCAGGUUGCUCACACCCAGCGAAUACAGCCAAUGCUGAGACAAGGCAGGCUCUUGGGGCCUCCCGUGGGCGGGGUGGCCCUUGCCCUUCCUGGGCCUGUGCGUCUUGUACUCCUCAGGAGGGAUGGAAGGAGCCCCCGGGGGCCAGCCUCUGUUCCCUGGGUAACCAACCUGGUGUCGCCUGUGUCCCCAAGGCAGCCAGCUGGUGAGUGGAACCCCAGGAUUCAAGUGGGGCAGUGUUCCCAGUACCUGGUUCUCGGUUGCUGUGGGAAACAUCAUUUUCAGGAGUGAGCGGGAUGGUCUGGGCCUGCCCCUCCCAUCACUUACACACACAGCUCUCGGGGCAUCUGCCACAGGGGGAGCCAAUCCCGGCUUGACCUGUAGACUCCAGGCGUUGACAAGGCCAGUCAGACCUGAGCCCCGUAGCCUGGAGCUCCUCUGAGCUGCCCCUGACUGGGGUUAGCACUCUAACCAUAAAGGGGACGCCUGCUGGUGAAUCCCCUCUGCCCUCUGGGUCAGUCCUGGGGGGGGGGGGGGGGCCCUGGGCCAUGUGCUCGUGAAAGGAGAACGGGACAUGGGAUGUGCAUGGCGGUUCCACACGAGGCCUGGUGGGUGGGGUCCUGUCCUGGAGACAGUGAGAUCACGAGUGAGCCCGGGCUGUCACUUCCCAGGGACACCUUAAAGACAAGACAAACGUUUGAACACUAGAAAAUGCCAAUAUUUCAAACAACAGACUUGACCCCCUGAGAACCUGACGCGGGUUAGAACACCGCCACCUUUGUGAUACACGCGGCUUCCACCGGGCUUCGGGUGGGGCUCACACGCGCGCAGCGUCCGUUUUCUCUUUCACCCAGUUUGUCUCACGCCUAAGCUUGCGCCUGGACAUCGCCUUUAGGAGCUAACAGUGGCGUUCAGGGUGCGGGUCUUCUACGUGUUGCGGUUUCACUGUGUGUCCCACCGGGUGAUGCUCUGCAAACGGUAUUUUAAGGUUGAGAGAGUUUCAGGGUGAGGAUCUCAGAACUGCUGAAGUCAAGCACUGCUUCUUGCUGGGAGGAAAAAGAAUGUCUGUGCAUUGCACCUCGGGUUGUCAGAAGGUGGAAACUGAAAUAAAUUGUCAUUGAAGAAAA